UGUAGUGUGUGUCGUGCGCAUGCGCAACCUCUAAAGGGGAUUUGUUGAGGUCGUCUUGUCGGAUUUUGACUUUUUUUUGUCAAAAUGCCGAAAGAUUAUGAUAAAGAAACAUAUCCAGAACCUCCUCGGAAGACUCCUAUCAUUGACAAAGAGACGGCGCUACCGAACCCAGCCCUGAUUCUGAGUAAACUCUUUUAUUAUGCCGUGGAUCUGCCUGUCACCAAAUUUAGAGAUACUAUUGACAGCUUCCGGGCUAACAACAAGCUCGUCUACUACCACCAGAAGUUCCGUCGUGUUAACUACUUGACAGACUGCGUGGAGGGAGAUUUUGUCUGCUACUAUGAAGCUGAGAUGCAAUGGCGGAGAGACUAUAAAGUGGACCAGGAGAUUGUGAAGGUGAUCAAGGAACGUAUGGGGGCCUGCUACCAGAGAGAAGGAAACAGCUAUGAGCAGAACUGUGCCAAAGAAGUAAAGCAAUAUGAAGAGGUCGUCAAGAACUUUCACAUGCGCUAUGGAGACCUGGGAGGUUACGCAGACUCAAAGAAAUGUCUAAUGAAGCAGAAAGAAAGGAUGAUUGCUGCUAGAGCUCAAAAGGAGUCAUAAAGAAACAUGGCUUUCAUGUUCAACACUGUACUGUGUAACUGUAAAAUAAAGUUUGAGUUAAGUUGUC